AUGUCUCUAAAUACCACACCUGCGACUCAACCGCAGUACGAGCACAAUGGCGAAGUUGACGUCCCUAUGGAGGACGCAGAUCCGUACAACCGAGCGAAAUACCCUCCUCGUCCCGCUCACCAACACAGACUGUCGGCUCAAUACAUACCCGAAGCUUCUUCCGCUGCCCAACGAUAUUCUCCCAUGAACGCUCAAUCUUCGAGCGCCUCGUACGCGUCAAGCCCCAAGGUUCAGAACUCGGGCAGUUUCACCUAUCUGAACCAGCCUCAACCGUCGCGACAGUCCCCCACACGUCAGGGAAGUUACAACCCAGAGCGGUACACUGAGCCCCCAACUCCAACGAGAUAUUCUUCAAGCUAUGCCCCCGGGCUGCAAAACGCAGACUUGAGUCCCGAGUCCUACUACCCCCUCUCCGCAGGCAGUGCACGGCCUGCGCCUCUGUCGAGACAACCAUCCCAUGCUCCGGGGCCGGCUCCCAGGUUCAAGAAAGUAAAGACCAUGCAGGACAUCAGUCCUAGAGUAAAUGCACAGCCGCAAUUUCGCAGAGCGAACCCCGAAGGAGGGUUCAUCAGUCCACUGCAAGCUCUUACAACCUACCUGCCAGCAACCUACAGAAUAUGCAAUCCCAGCUUCAAAUACGAGUCCUCUAGAAACCCAAGGCGCGUUUUGACAAAACCGAGCAAAGGCUCCAAGAACGAUGGCUAUGACAAUGAUGAUAGCGAUUACAUUCUCUACGUCAACGAUAUCCUGGGCAGUGAAGAGGCGGGACAUAAAAACAGAUACUUGAUCCUCGAUGUGCUAGGACAGGGCACCUUUGGUCAGGUGGUAAAAUGUCAAAAUCUCCGAACACAAGAGGUCGUUGCUGUCAAAGUCAUCAAGAAUCGAACCGCGUACUUCAAUCAAAGUAUGAUGGAGGUGUCAGUGCUGGACCUGCUAAACCAGAAACUCGACAAAAAUGACGAUCAUCAUCUCUUGCGAUUGAAGGACACGUUCAUCCACAGACAGCAUCUUUGCCUCGUGUUCGAGCUUCUCAGCGUCAACUUGUACGAACUCAUCAAACAAAAUCAGUUCCGGGGUCUCAGCACAACACUGGUUCGGGUCUUCGCGCAACAAUUGCUCAACGGUUUGUCUUUGUUGAAUAAGGCCCGCCUGAUUCAUUGUGAUCUGAAACCAGAGAACAUACUGUUGAAGAACCUUGAAAGUCCUAUCAUCAAAAUCAUCGACUUCGGCUCUGCUUGUGAUGAGCGGCAGACGGUCUACACCUAUAUCCAGUCUCGAUUCUACCGAUCUCCGGAGGUAUUGCUGGGCUUACCAUACUCUUGUGCAAUUGACAUGUGGUCUCUCGGAUGCAUUGUCGUUGAGUUGUUUUUGGGUCUACCUCUUUUCCCAGGAUCGUCGGAGUACAAUCAAGUCUCCCGAAUUGUCGAAAUGUUAGGCAUGCCACCGACCUGGAUGUUGGAAAUGGGGAAGCAAUCUGGGGAGUUCUUCGAGAAAACCACAGAUGAGUUCGGCAGACGGACGUACCGACUCAAAAGCAUGGAACAAUACUCGCGGGAACACAAUGUGAAAGAGCAACCGAGCAAGAAGUACUUCCAAGCCACCACAUUACCUGAAAUCAUCCGCAGCUAUUCUAUGCCUAGGAAGAAUAUGAAACCAGCUGAAGUUGAAAGGGAAAUGAGUAACCGCGUGGCGUUCAUCGAUUUUGUUCGUGGUUUGCUAACCAUCAAUCCGCUCGAGCGUUGGUCGCCUCAGCAAGCCAAGCUACACCCGUUCAUCACACAGCAAAAGUUCACCCAACCUUUUGUCCCUCCAAUGAACUUGAAGUCUCCAUCAAGCAAGACUCCUGCGCCCGGUGUGCAACAGCAACAGCAAGCCGAAGCAUUGAGCAAACAGCGAGCGGCUCAGGCAGCCCAAGCUCAGGCUCAAGCUCAAGCAGCACAUGCACAGGCCCAAGCGCAAACGGCGGCCCAAAACGCCUAUGCAAUGCAAAUGAGCCCAUACCCUCAAGCGCAACCCCCUCCCAUGUACAACACCAUGUACACAGGCCCUCAGCAAGUUGCCCCGCCACCAUAUCCCACUCAUUCGACGAAUUAUGCUCCACAGGUUGGCAUGAUGCCGCAACAGAGCCCUCAAAUCAACCCGAAUCAUUACAAUCAUCAGCAGAGCCUGUACGCGCAGGCUACGCAACGAGCAGGCCGUCAACGUGCAUCGACCAUGGACCAGCAACAAGCAGGCAUUCCUCCGACAAUUCAGCGAGUUGCAAGUCACCUUGAUCCGAAUCAACCUAUCAGACUUCAGCCUAGUCCGGCUUACUAUCCACCUCCCGCAGAUGGGUACGUCGAUUCCCCUUCGAGUGCUAGACGACGUGGAAGUCGAAACCAAAGAAAUCGUGAUUUCAUACGAACGCUUGAGGAUGGUGCGAUGGGCGAUUCCUUCAUGUCUAAGACACAGUGGCAUUAA